CUGCACCGUGAGCGAGUCUAAGAAUAAAGAGCACCUUAAUUGCCGUAGUAAUCGCUUGGACUUUUUAGCGCUACUAGACCUAUCAAUCUUGUAUCCCUACCUUCAUGACAAGGGGAAAUGCUUUGUGACAGUUUGAGUUCUGCAGUCCGUUUUCCCGGUUUUUCGACUUUAGAGAGGUUGCAAUUUUCUCUCGUGCCGGCUGUUUCACCUUGGGUAUAUCCGUUCUGUUUUAUAUUAAUAUUUAAUUGAUCAAUCCCAAAAUUUCGGCACCAUUAGUCAUGACAAGUCAGUACAGUGAUCACGCAACACUUUUUCCUCUAACGUAAAGCGAAAGGUCAAUUUGUGGAUGCGGCAUUUUAAUCGUCCCGGCGGUUCAUUUAUAAGCAACACGAGCGCACGGUGCGGCAUACCUAUAUAAACGGUACUCUGGAGUAGCUUCAGAUGAUCACACACCGUCACAUUUUGUUGACGAGAACGUAGUGAUUAACUAAAAGAAGACAAGUACUGAUUCCCUACUUCACCGCUCAUCUCCACUAUUAGUUAUCUGAUUUAUGACAUCCAGCGAUAUAAUCAGGAAUGCGGCAAUAUGGUACUCAGUAGCAACAAUAAGAUUGAGAAUGGUGAUGCCAUUCCUGCUGAUGCUAAUCCUACACCGGUGGUUAAUCAUAAUGGCACGAUUUCCGGUUCUGUGGCGGAUAUACUGAAAGAACGGUCUUCUCUGCAUAAUGCGGAUCAUGGCAGUGCUCGCGAUCAUGAACGACGCGCUUCCGUUACGACAUUUGCUUCCAGUGCCGGUGAUACUAAACGCUACGACGGCGUCUCGAUAACCACCGGUCGGAGUGGUCGGAGUUCAUUAUCACGCCGCUCCAGAAUCCUCGUGGGCUACUGUGUGGAUGAUCCGCGGACUGUCAAAGGGCGACGGAUCCAGAUGACCAAGAUGGUGUGCCUGGCAGGGAUUCCCAUUUUAAUUCUGAUUAUUCAGUCAGGAAUAUCCGUGUCGCAAGCCUUAACGGAGCAGCGCGUAUCCAAUGCUUUUAUCGCGCAACUGGAGUUUGCCAUUCAGACCGGAUACGCCGUACAUGCCUUAGGCCUGGAACGGGGGACGACAACAUUCUUUGUCGCAAUGCAAGAGAAAUCAUUGUUCGAACCAGUGAUGAAAAGGCGACUUAUGGUAGACGCGGCCUUAAAAAAUAUGACCCACUGGCCAGCCGUCAAGGAUGGUACGUUUGAGUUCGAAAAUAAACAGGAGCUAACUCUAAGAGUGCUGGUUAACCGCGUCUUUGUCAAUACGAGCACGCCGGAAGAACAGCUAACUUUCUUCACGGAUACUAUCAUUGCGCCAUUGUUAAGAUGGGUUGGAGAUGCUGUUAUCAAAUCGGAGUCCCAAGAACAACGCUGGCAGGAUUUGGUAGCAUAUUACACAUUUAUCAUUGCCAAGGAGGGAUUCGCAGCUGAACGCUCAUCAGGAACUGUAUUUUACGCCCGCGGAAAUAUGACGAAGAAGCAAUAUAAGUGGUACCUGGACAAACGAUCUCAGGGCAACGCCUUUUUAAACAAAAGCAUGCAGUUUAACCCAACGAUUCAACAGAUACUAGUGGACAAAUGGUACACGUCCGAUCUGGAAAAAAACGUUACACUGGAGCGUGUACGAAUCGAUGAAAAUAAUUAUGUUCCUGAUCUUGAACGUGGAAAUUUCUAUUACGACCAGAUGAGCAAAUUCCAGAGUGUUCUUUUUGACAUAGAAAACACUCUGACAAAAAAUAUUACAAAUACUUUAAAUGAUGCUGUGAGUGAUUCAGCACGGACAGUGGCGGCACAGCUCUUCGUGGUGAUUUUAGCGUGUUGUUUAUUCCCGAGCAUUAUCUUCUUCCUCACGCAUAUUACUGGCCAAAUACAGACCUUUGCGGCUGUGCUCCAAACGAAAAACGAAGAAAUUAUGAAAGAGAAAAAGCGAACGGAUGCUGUACUGAACCAUUUAUUACCUCGGCAAGUUGCGGAGAAAAUCAAAAGUGGUCAACCAGUAUAUCCGGAGAGUUACGAUCAAGUAACGGUUUUCUUCAGCGAUAUUGUUCAGUUUACCGACUUUAGCGCUAGCUCCACUCCACUUCAAGUUGUUGAUACUCUGAACAAAUUAUAUACAAUUAUGGAUAAACGGAUUGAGGCGUAUGACGUGUACAAAGUCGAAACAAUUGGUGACGCUUAUUUAUGCGUAUCGGGCUUACCGGAGCGCAAUGGGAACAAACAUUCGUAUGAAAUUGCCUGUAUGAGUCUCGAUCUUCUGAAAGAUGUUUCGGGAAUCCGAAUGCCUCACAAGCCGGAUUAUGAAUUACGAUUACGUAUCGGGCUGAAUACUGGACCGUGUGUUGCAGGUAUUACCGGGAUAAAAAUGCCUCGCUACUGCAUAUUCGGUGAUACCGUGAAUACAGCCAGCCGAAUGGAAUCGAAUGGAGAGCCGUUAAAAAUUCAUCUAAGCACAGCCACCUAUGAUGCAUUAACAUUUUUUAACAUCUUUGAAAUGGAACGGCGUGGAGAAAUGAAUAUCAAAGGAAAAGGCUUGAUGGUAACCUACUGGCUGAUGUCUAAAAAGGCAACCAAGAGAAACCUAUUCGGUCCGGAGGUCAAAGCCUAGAUGGAAGUUUAAUUGAUUGCUGUCGCGGCAAGGUCGCCUGGAGCAAUCCACGUAGUUUCCGGUCUGCCGCACGGACAUGCUGGGCUGAGAUCCUUUGCGACGCGCCGGUACUGAGUGUGCCUGUAAAUUUCGCUAAGAUUCGGCGAGGUUGUUUCACCGAUCAUAUUGUACAGUGAUGUCUAAUUUUGCGACACACAUUGUUCCAUGCUGGCGUGCCAUGUGACAUCGUUCGCAGGGCGCCGGCGUUCGUUCCACUCCCUGUGCCUUACAGCUGUGUUAAAUAGCUACAACACUAAAAGGAUCCGCAGCGGGAAACCUUUGAGAACCGGAAACAGUUUUAUGAAAUGCCUGUACUAAGUGAUUAUCAUCCACGUUACCAGUUCUUUCGUUCAUUUCGCAGAUUUUUCGGCAAAGAUUUAAUUUGCUUCUAAUAUUUUCGGUGCCUAAUUGUACUCUGCAGUACCGAACAAAAUGUUAUGCAAAAGAGUGUGUGAGGUCUUAUCACACUUUGCGAUGCUUGUGCGCUAUGGUAGGCGAUGUGCAAAAAUUUGUUACUUAGCGCACAAAUUUCUGUGAAUACUACAUGUAUUCAGAUUACACCGGUUGGUAUAAGAAUUGAAAAUCUCCAACCAACGGAUGCGAUGCAGGAUGCUUAAAUAUUAUUGCUAUAAGUCGAUGAUUAAUAAAAUAAUUUGAUGCCUUCAAAAGUCUCUAAGGUUAUCCAUGCAGUGCGCUUUUACUUAUUUUUGGUGACUAAAAAUACGAUUUG